AUGUCCACAUCCGCCUCAUCCCCAUCCUCGCCCUCAUCUUCAAGCAUUUCAGACCCAGACAGAUGGAUUGCCCAGCUAAAGACUUGCACACACCUCUCUGAACCUGACAUGAAAAAACUCUGCGCGAUGGUACGGAACAUCCUACUGGAAGAGAGCAAUAUCCAACCCGUCUCGUCACCCGUCACGAUAUGCGGUGAUAUUCAUGGCCAGUUUUGGGAUCUCUUAGAGUUGUUGAGGAAGGGUGGGGAUGUCCCCGGGACGAGUUACAUCUUUAUGGGCGACUUCGUGGAUAGAGGCCAUUACAGCCUAGAGACAGUUUCCCUUCUAUUCGCGUUAAAAGCGAGGUAUCCCGAUCGAGUAACCCUCCUACGCGGGAACCACGAAAGCCGUCAGAUUACGCAGAUAAUCGAUGGGCACACACUAUGCGUGCACGGAGGCCUGUCACCCGACAUUCGAACGCUUGACUCGAUCCGGACGCUCUCGCGCGCGCAGGAGAUUCCGCAUGAAGGUGCUUUUUGCGAUCUGAUGUGGUCAGAUCCGGACGACAUUGAGAACUGGGCUGUGAGUCCGCGAGGGGCAGGGUGGCUUUUUGGUGGCAGUGUGGUCAAAGAGUUCAACCACGUGAACGCGCUCUCUCUUAUCGCGCGCGCGCACCAGCUCGUGCAAGAAGGGUACAAGUACAUGUUCGACAAGCAGCUCGUCACCGUAUGGUCUGCGCCGAACUACUGCUACCGCUGCGGGAACAUGGCGGGGAUUAUGACGGUGCGCGAUGACGGCGGGCAGACGUUCGAGGUGUUCGAAGCGGCGGCAGAGAACGAGCGAGACGCGAUGGGCGCUGGGGGACUUGGAGGUAUGGGUGGCGGAAUGGGUAUGGGUGGCGGGUUUGGUGCGCGGAGAGGUGGGGUGAGUGUUUUUGUUUUUACAAUUAGAUCAUUGUUCCGUGAAUUUCUACUCUGUGAGUUUUCGCUGACUUGA